AUGUCGCAAACAUGCAUCGAGAGACUCAGGUCUCACCGGCCGGAGGAUGUCGACCUCUCAAGGCAGUCCAGGCUGGCUGCUGUCCUCGUCCUACUGUACGAAAAAGCGAACGAGCUACGUGUUCUGCUUACGACGCGAUCCAAGUCUCUCCGCGCGCAUCCAGGCGAAACCGCACUGCCAGGAGGCAAAGUCGACGAAGAGGACGCGAACAUCAUAGCCACUGCCUACAGAGAGGCUCACGAGGAAGUCGGCUUGCCUCUUAACUGUCCUGCUGUCCAUACUGUUGGAAUUCUACGACCAUUCCUGUCCAACCGGAAGAUCGUGGUCAGGCCGGUAGUUGCACUCCUUACAGACGUAUCUGUACUUGACCGGCUGAAGGCUAGCGAGGACGAAGUGGAACACAUUUUCAACCACCCUCUGGAGGCGCUGCUGGAACCUGAAAUCGUCAGAAAAGAGCCUUUGGCCGAGAAGGGAUCUGUAGACUGGCCGUAUGAGGAGGAGCUUCACAACUCGGACGACAGGCGCUUGACGUUCUUGGGUGACGCCAGCUAUCGCAUGCAUCGCUUCCGAAGCUCGGCCUCCCCUGUCAAAGGUCUCACAGCUGAAAUUCUCAUGACGACAGCCGAGAUCGCGUAUGCUAAACCCACUGCUUUCGAACGAUACGCGCCAGAACAGCCUAAGGACUUUGGAGGGAUUUCGGCCUUAUUAGCGGCUGCAGAACGCGGGUCUCCCAAGCGUGUGUCUUUAUCGGGGAGCUGUACACCGAUAGGAAUCGCUCCUCGCGUGUCUCUUUAUGGCAAUUCAUGA